AUGGGGAUUAUUACACAUUGGUCGAGGGCCACGGAAGGGAAAGGGUCAGGCGGGGUCAAACAGCUGACGCCGACGAAGAACAUAUCGUCGCUUUUGGAUAAUUUAUUAAAAGGAUAUGACCACAAGCUCAGACCUUCUUUCGGAGGAGAACCCACUACGGUAGAGAUCGACAUCGAGGUCCGAAGUAUGAGUCGAAUCUCCGAAAUGGACAUGACCUACUCGAUGGACUGCUACUUCCGCCAGUCGUGGGUGGACGAGCGCCUGGCCUUCUCCGACCUCGAGGAAGCCUUCACCCUGUCCGUGUCCGUGCUGGAGAAGCUGUGGAAGCCCGAUACGUUCAUCUACAACGGCAAACAGAGCUACGUUCACCUCAUCACCACGCCAAACAAAUUCAUAAGGCUCUACCAGAACGGAAGGAUUCUCUACUCCUCCAGGCUGACCAUUAACGCCAACUGCCCCAUGAACCUCCGCGACUUCCCGAUGGACACUCAGCACUGCCCUCUGAAGCUUGGCUCUUUCUCUUACACGACCCGCGACGUGGUGUACAGGUGGAACAAAGACCGACAGGUGGUCAUUGCUCCCGACCUCAUGCUCUCCCAGUUUGACCUCAUAGCCGCUCCCUCAGGUGAUGAAAACACCACACGACGAGCAGGAGAAUUCUCCACCCUCCUGGCCAGCUUCUACCUGCAGCGCCACAUGGGGAACUUCCUGAUCCAGGUGUACGGCCCUUGUAUGCUGCUGGUCGUCCUGUCGUGGGUGUCCUUCUGGCUCAACAGAGAAGCCACCUCGGACCGCAUAUCUCUCGGUAUCACGACCGUGCUGACGAUGACCUUCCUGGGACUCGAGGCGCGGACUGACCUCCCCAAGGUCUCUUAUAUAACAGCCCUUGACCUCUUUGUGUGGAUCUCCUACGGGUUUAUCUUCGCCACAAUAAUAGAGUUCGCCUUCGUCCACGUCUUCACGAAAGUGGGGUCCGGCGAGGUCUACCUGUCGCACUCGAGCUCCGAGGCCGACUCCGAGGAGGACCCUGACGAGGAACUGGACCCUGAGGGGGACCUCGAGGGCCACGCCUCCUCCGUGUGCCCCGCCCACCCCUCCGCGGGCCCCAACGGCGUCGGGAAGGUCUCGUCCCGGUCCUCCGAGGGCCACGUGUCGCCGCUGCACAUCUGGGCGCCCGCCUCGCCCGCGCCCCUCAGCCUCUCCCUGCGGCUGAGGAGGCUCUGCGGCUGCGUCUGCGCCACGGGGAGGAGGAGCUCUCUGGCCGCGACGAAGGGCUCCCACCGCCGCCGCCCCCCGCACCUCCCGAGAGCCGACGAGCGGGCGCCGAGACGACCCGCCUCCUCCUCCUCGAAGCUCGACCAGAUCAACUCCGUCUCGAACAUCGACGAGAUCUCCCGAGUGCUCUUCCCCUUCGCCUUCGUCUGCAUCAACCUCCUGUAUUGGUACACGUUCCUCUCCCACACGCAGUGGUCGCCGAAUCGCUUCUGAACCGAAGUGUUGACCCCUUGGGUGGUGUCUUGGGGUUAGGGUCCGCUUUGGGCUUCUGCCGGGGUUGGGGUCAUGCCUUCUGGUCCCGUUGUGCUGGGGCUGUCAUGGUGGUAUUUGUGUAUAAGGCGGCGUGGCGUGUGUAUGCGGGUGUGUGGGUGUGUUUGGGUGUGUGGCUCUUGUUAUUGCUGGUGCAAGGGACUUUGUUUUGUUGCCAGAUAGCCUUUCUCUUUCGUAAGAAAAUAUUACCUCGUUUGUCAUAGCAUGGAUUUUGUUCUACG